UGCUAAGAGAAAAUAAAAUACCAUUUUCAAAAAGUUUUUGAAACACUGAGUUAAACAAAACAAAUUGCAGGACUUGUCAGCACCUUUACUUACUAGAUACAUGUAGUGAUUCCUGACGCAGCAGAUAUUCUAAGCAUUUCACAAAGUUAUCUGGCCUUUUCUUUGCUUAUCAUCUAUAAAAGUUCUUCCAGUAUUGACAAUUGCUGUGCAAGUACAAUGGUUCCCAUACUUGAGAAUUUCAGGAACCAAUAGAAUGGCAAAAGAGGGGGGGGGAAAGUUUGGGACCAACAAAACAUUAUCAGUUUUUCAUUGUAGCAAAUAAGGAUCUUCUUCACAAGAGCAUCUGCUGUUAGCCAUCAUUUCCUAAAAGAAGAUGUUUCAAAACCUGCAAGAAGCCCUCGCCUUCAGCUGCUUCACAGAGCUCAUGAAGAGGAUGAACCAGAACUUCCCCCAUGGAGGCGCCAUGGACACGCACUUUGCAAACAUGAGGUCACUGAUCCAGGAGGCUGAUGCUGCCCUUUCCUUCUUCCAACAGAUCCUGCACUCAGAGCUAUUUGAACUGAUGCAUCAGAAUGGGGACUACACUCACUUUUACUUCUGCUAUCGCUGGUUCCUGCUGGAUUUUAAGCGAGAACUCGUUUAUGAUGAUGUCUUCUCUGUCUGGGAGACUAUCUGGGCAGCCAAACAUGUCUCAUCCACCCACUAUGUCCUUUUCAUCGCACUGGCUCUGGUGGAAGUCUACUGAGACAUCAUUUUGGAAAACAACAUGGAUUUCACAGAUAUCAUCAAAUUCUUUAAUGGUACCUGCAUGACUAGG